ACUUCAGUUCGAGUUCUUACUAAAUUCGAGAUUGAUCAAUGUAUUUAUUCACGUAUGUUGUUUCGCUGAUCGAAAAAUAGUUUAAACUAACCCACAAAAAAUGGCUUAUCGUGCGUUAUUACGAAGAUGCACGAAUGGAUUAAGUGACAAUGGGAACGAACGAUUUAUGAAAUUAUUUUCAACGAGUAGCAUACAAUUGAAAAAAGAAGAUGGAUUCAAAGAAAAUAAAACUAAAAUGUAUUCUGUGGGAGCAUUGAGUUCACACGUAGUGAAUAAUCCAUACUUACCAGGAACUAAAGAAAGUAUAGACAAAAAUAUUACUGUGCCAGUUACAGAAGACAUUGGUGCAGUGUCAGGAGUACCUGAAGAACAUAUUAAGACUCGAAUGGUACGUAUUUAUCAACCACCUAAGAAUGCUAUGCAAUCUGGAACCAACAACAUAAACUACUGGCAAAUAGAUUUUGAAACGCGUGAGCGUUGGGAAAAUCCAUUAAUCGGAUGGACUUCAACGGGAGAUCCACUGUCAAAUGUAAAAGUUGAUUUUGCUACCAAAGAAGCUGCUAUCUUGCAUUGCGAAAGAAUGGGUUGGAAAUAUUAUAUUCAAAAGCCAAACAAAGUUGAUCCAAAACCACGAACAUAUGGAUCUAACUUUGCAUGGAAUAAACGCACCCGUGUCUCCACAAAGUGAUGUAAAGUAAUAAACAAUAGAAAUUACUAUAUAAUUAGUCUUUGAAAUAUGUAAAUAAUUAUAAUAAUAAUAAUAAGAAAAAUAAUAAUAAUAAAUAAUAAUAUAAUCCUAUGUAUAAAAAUAGUAUGAUUUGGUUGAAUAAACUGAUACAACGUA